GGCAUAGUCUUCGACAUGGACGGCACAUUAUGCGAACCACAGAACCACAUGUUUGGAGAAAUGCGAGAAGCACUGCGAAUCGACACGGAAAUCGAUAUUUUGGAUCACAUUCAUUCUUUGCCGGAGAGGGAGCAGAGGGAGGCUUUUGGGAGGGUGCGGGAGAUUGAGUCUAGAGCGAUGGAGAAGCAGGUUCCUCAGGCGGGACUUGUGGUUUUGAUGGAGGAGUUGGAUCGGUUUGGGAUCCUUAAAGGGAUUUGUACGAGGAAUUUCGACACGCCGGUCGAUCAUCUUCUAAAGAAUCAUAUCCCGAGUCAUUUGAAGCCUUUUUCUCCGGUUGUGACGAGAGAUUUCAGGCCUCCGAAGCCUUCGCCUGCUGGAAUACUGCAUAUCGCUCAUGCCUGGGGCUUGGUGGACAAUUCGAAGGUGCCGGAAACACCACCAGAGGAGAGACUGCUCCCUUUGGUUAUGGUCGGCGAUUCUGUCGAUGAUAUGGCUGCGGGACGUGAUGCUGGUGCAUUGACUGUGUUAUUGCGCAGCGAGGGCAAGGAGGAGCUCGAGACUGAUUCUCGCACUGAUGUGGCGAUUAGCAGACUUGAUGAGCUUGUCGCUUUACUUCGAGAUGGGCUCAAGCCCCAGAGGUGAUAAGGUUAUGUUUGAGACACUAGAAUUCCCGUCGCCGGUAUAGAAGUUAUAGAAGAAUAGAUAUGAGCCAACGAUUCAAGUUGAUAACAAUCUGCCCGAUUAAACUUAAGACUAUCCUCAUAUACAGAACUCUACAUGAGCUAAACGAGCUUCGCUUGGCUGGGUACU